AGGAAGUUUAUCGCAAGAUGUCGGGGGAUGUUUUGUGCGACGAGCCGCUGGUAUGCUCGCGGACGAAAUGACUUGCUUGUCGUGGCUGCGCACGUCUGCUAAAUUCCGGCCUAAGUUAAAUCCCAGAGUGUUGUAAGCACGCCGGUGGGCCAACGCCAGCCAAUUCGUCCGAACCUCCUGCCACCGAAGCGGAAGGAAACGAGGAGAUCAGGGCGAACGAGGACUGUGCCAGUGUACGUGUGUAUGUGUGUAUACCACUGCCAAGACCUAAGAUAACCGGAGCGCGGUAUACCGGAACCCGCUUUCAAUCUCGUUAAUUAAACAGCUGAGUGAUUGUUCGACUUUUGCGGUAGACAAAGAGACUGAUUGGGAGGGCGAAAGAGAGGGAGAGACAGAGUGUGUGUGUGUGUGUGUGUGUAUAUGUGUGAGAGAGCAAGAGAGAAAGGAAGAAAGGGAGAUACAUAGAGAGGACAACGGACACGUGGUGAACAAUUACAACCUCAGCUGGGAUGGGAGCCAAGGCAAGCACUGUAGCACAGUCUGCUGGUGGCAACGGUCAAUCCUCCACUGGGGCCAAUGAGACAACAAUGCAGGGUUUCUCCAUGCUCCGUUCUCUGCCUGGCGGUGUGGGUAUGCUGCAGCAUCAGCAUCAACAGGCCAACCAGUCGCAAAGCUCACGUGUAUCCGGGGAUAGUAGACAGCGUGCGCGCUCGUUGAGUUCCGUACCAGAUCUCUCCUCCGCUGAGCAGGCCAGUCUUGCUACUUCCGUUGGAGUAGGAGUGGGUCAGGCACUGGGCUUGCCACAGCUAGACUCCGACGACGCUGAUGAGGAUAGCGGACGCGUUUAUGCUGCUCAUAGCUUGCCUUCACACAUUUGGUCCCUCAACGGUCUAAAAUGUCCCGUAUGCUCCAAGUUCAUUCUACCGGAUGAUAUAGAAUGUCACCUGGUCAUGUGCCUGACCAAGCCACGGCUCAGUUACAAUGAGGACGUGCUAGCAGAUGAAAAAGGUGAAUGUGUCAUUUGUCUUGAAGAAUUACAACCUGGUGAUGUUAUAGCUCGCUUGCCCUGUCUCUGUAUAUAUCACAAAAACUGCAUUGAUAAGUGGUUUCAAGUGAAUCGUAGCUGCCCUGAACAUCCUGGAGAUUGAUUCGUACCUACUGAAUUUGGUGGAGCACUGUGGAACAAGUUGCUGGCCCAAAGGACAUUCACGUCGAUGGGAUUAAGACAGGACGAAAUGACAGAAAUUUGAAAAAAGCUAGUCAAGGUGGCUGCUAGUCCGCAAUGGUGAUUGGUGUGUGCGGUGAAUAUUGUUCAACUGAACAUGAGACUCACUGAAAUCGAACAUGAAAGCAGAUGUUUAAUUCAAUCCUCAACUCUACUACUCUUAAUCGGGAGACUUAAGAAGAAAUCGCCAUAGGAUUCAACGAUACAAUGCUAUUACCUAUACGUAUCUACAAUUACUCUAUUAUUGCUCUAUCGCUUACUAUCGAUUGUACCAUAUUUAUAAAUUUUACUUAGUUUUACUCCUUGAACUCGAUUUAGUAUUUAAGCAGGACGAUCUUUAUUAGUAUCGUUCAUGAUUUUCUUUUCAUAUUCUUUUUAUCCAUUUUCGGAAAAUGGGGGACAGGACGAAUCUUAGUCAAGGAUACCUGCAUAGUGAGCAGGUGAGCUCUACCUUAAGUUAGUUAUAUUUUUACUGAUUUUAAGUGUCGAGACCAUGUAUCAUUUUUCGUUGUCUGUUGGGGGAUGAGUGCUAGAAAGGAUAUUUUUGAUACUUUCAUAAAAGGGGAAGCCAGGAUGUAUAAGAGUUCCAAACGCCGGAGACGUCGUAAUGCUGUUGAUGCUGUAGUAACAAUAAAGGUUCUGAUUUAACCUUCCUUACUGAGAGAUUCAUAAUAAUGUGAUAAUCUCUUUCGUUGUUAAUAGAGAGAAUUGACACUCCGUGUUACUGAGAUGUACAGUCUAUUGUCGAUUACCGAGGAUUACCUACUGUAUAAUUAAUCUCUUUUGUAUAUGAUAAGGAGGAUUGACAUACCCAGCAGUAGUUUUUGUAAUACGAACAAUCAAAGUCUAUCAUUGUUCCAGUAAUGUGCGCAAAUUGUGUAUGUUCGGGUCGGACUUAUAACUCGCGUGAGGUUAAAAUAAAACCAAUAAAGUAAUAAGAAUAUGAAAAAACGUGAACAGUACGGUGAGCAAAAGGGGAACUAGAAAUAAGUUAUGUUAAUAAAAUCGAACACAUAAACGUAUGGAUGUACAGAGUGUCCCGUAACCACUGUGAAACAUUUUAAUAGCCUGUCCUGGAAUCUAAUUCAAGUCAAAACAUCCUAGUUGGCCCUAGGUGAAAUUAUCAUGAGAGAUCGAGGUUUCCAAAUUAUUAAGCGAUUAAAAUAUUUAUCACAGGACGCGAAUAAAGAUGAUGCGCUCCACACAUACACAAAAUUAAUUCAUUUUCGUACGCUAUUAAAAUAUUUUACGGAGGUGUGGAACACCCUGUGUAUAUAUAUACAUACUUUCGUGCACUUUCUCUCGACUACUUAUAUUAGGAAUUAAGCUGAAAGCUUUUUCACAACUAAAAUAAUUUCAAGAUUAUAUAGUCUCGACAAAUUAAUCUUGUUUUUUAUUUAGUUUUAAGUAGACGUCAACAGAAUUGUAUGAGUUGAAACUUAGUUACCGAGAUAUAUUUAAUGUUAAAUUCUGCUGUUACUAUUCAUAUUAAUUCCUAUAUUCGAUGUAACUAUAGUUAUAUAUGUACUAUAUAUUAUACCAUAUAUUUCAUAUUCUCCCUAUUCUCUAAGGAAAUUAUCAAUUGAUCAAUUCGCCGAGAUAUCUGUACUCGAAAGAAAGUGCGCGAUGCCUAGGACACUCUGUGUGUGUGUGUGCGUGUGUAUGUGUGUGUAUGUGUGUGUACUUUUUUUUAAGCCAUGUGAAAAGUAAGUGACUCUAGACGAGGGGCUCGGUUUCAUAAAACAGAAAUUAAAAAAAGAAGAAAGUUGAAGAAAGGGAGAGUGAAAAGGAAGCAUGUAAAGAACUCGAAAUAAAAGUGUGACAUCGAUAAUAGCGAUAAUACGUUGAAAGAAAAUCUCCCCUUGCGUUUCGUUGCUGAUCGAGGAUUGUCUUGCGGCUGGUCAUUUUAUCGAUUUUACAAUAUGUAAGGUUUGUUGUAUGUGCCGAUUACAAGGGCGGGGUGUGCGGGAAAGAAAGUGCAAGGUGACGCGGUGAGGAGAGACGUAAAAAUAGAUCGCGUAUUCUAUAUCGGCACGCGACAGGGCGUGGAGUACAUGUGUUGCAUGUGUGUGUUGCACAUAUGCAAGAUAUGCACGCGCGUGUUCGUCCGCCUCGCUCUCGAUCUUGUAGCGGUAUUCCGUAUUCUGUAAUACGUACAAUUAUAGGUUCAUUUGUUCGACACUGUAUUUUCUCAUGUUUUCUGCAUUUAACAUAUAACAAGCGCCAAGCUUGUCUUUUCUUUUA